UAGAGAACAUGUCAAAGCAAAAGCCACUGAACACCUGCUAAUCAGGUAUAAGAAGGAGGAACAUUUUUUCUUGUAAAGCUUAGGUGUCUCUAUUAGAACUGUGUUGCUGUGAGUGGUUCCGGGAACCUUGACCUAAAAAGGCAAACAGGUGUGCGUGCCUAAAUGGAAAGGCACGUGUGUGAAGCAAGGUGCAAUGGCUGAAGUAUGGAACCUGUACCAGUGCGCCAUUAGACUUCCAUCGGGUUGGAUUUUGCAGCUGCUUGCCCUGCUUCCUCUUUAAAGGAAAUGACUUAAAUACGUACCAAGACCAGUUGCUGGAACUUCAGCAAAGACUGUUGUAUGCUGAAAAGGAAAAUAAAAAAAGAUCACACGAACUGAGCAGUGCCCUAGAUGAAAUUAAACAUAUAGUUGCAAGAAGCAUGAACGCGACAAAAAAUCACACAGGUGAUAUGAAGUGGAAAGAGUUAAACCUCACCAGAAAACUCCCCAUGCGUCUUACAAAUAUCUACUACUACCUCCCUCACCUUCGAGAAUACGAAGAUGCAAUUUUCCCAAAUGUUAUUUUUGGGCAACAGAGAACUGGAGUCUCCCUGGUGAUGGGCAUUCCUACGGUGAGAAGGGAGAAACGAAAUUACCUGAUUGAUACGUUGCAUUCCCUACUGUACCAGCUAUCUGAAGAGCAAAAGAAGGACUGCAUCAUAAUCAUCCUUAUAGCAGAGGUGGAUGCAGAGUAUGUUAAGAGUGUUGCAGAAAGUGUUAAAACCAGCUUCCCCAGAGAAAUCCAGUCUGGAGUCCUAGAGGUUAUUUCUCCUCCUGCUUCUUAUUAUCCGGAUCUUUCCAACCUGAAGAAAACACUUGGAGAUUCUGAGGACCGAGUAAGGUGGAGAACUAAACAGAAUUUGGAUUAUAGCUUUUUAAUGCUAUAUGCUCAACCUAAGGGAACAUUUUAUUUACAGCUGGAAGAUGAUAUUGUAGCCAAGCUUGAUUACAUUGAAAGCGUAAAAAGCUUUGUUGCUCAACAGUCCCAAGAUUGGAUGGUCCUUGAGUUCUCACAACUUGGAUUUAUUGGAAAAUUGUUUAAAUCAGAAGACUUACCACUCUUAGUGGAAUUUUUUCUCAUGUUCUAUAAGGAUAAGCCCAUAGACUGGCUUAUAGACCACCUGCUCUGGGUUAAAGUGUGCAAUCCAGAAAAGGAUGCAACACACUGUGAAACGGAAAAGUCAAAGUUACGUAUCCGCGCUAAGCCAUCUCUCUUUCAGCAUAUGGGAAUUCAUUCAUCAUUGGCUGGGAAGAUACAGAAUUUGAAAGAUAAAGAUUUUGGAAAAAAUCUAUUAUAUAAAGCACAUAAUAAUCCACCUGCAAAAGUGGAUACAAGCCUAAGAAUGUACCAGCAAUAUACCUUGGAAAAAGUUUAUAAAGGACAAAACUUUUUUUGGGCUUCAGCUCCAGUGGCUGGUGACUACAUCAGGUUCACAUUUUUAAAUCCACUAGAAGUUGAAAAGUACUUGUUCAGAAGUGGAAACAUGGAGCACCCUGGUGAUAAACUGUUUAACACUACUGUGGAAGUGUUGCCAGCUGAUGAAACGCUAAGAAAAAAAUUGGCUGAUAAUGGAAGUAUAUUCAAUUACCCAGCAACCAAAGAUGGAUAUUUAAAAAUAGGGGCUUUUGAAAAUGGCAUUGCAGAAGGCAGCAUCAGUCAGUCAAUAGGAAGAAUACAGGCUCUUCGUUUAUCAGUCACUUCUGAUUCUCCAGUCUGGGCAAUACUGAGUGAGGUAUUUAUCAAGACAUCUGAAAACUGAGAAAACCACAUUUUUGAUGUGUCACUUGUCAUGUAUUGCUUGAAAACAAGGCUCACUGCAAGGACAACAAAAAAAAAAGGACUGGGUCAAAAGAUCAAUUCCAUACCCAUUUAAUUAUUAAUGCUCUGUAUUAGGAAAAGGUUGAGAUAAAUCUUAGUUCUUUAUAUGACAAGGUAUAUGAAAAGAAUGUUAGCAAUUUCUGUAAAAUGUUCUUGAGUAAUAUGUCAUAUAUAAAAAUCACACCUUAGUUUGGCAACAUUAAAUAGAUAUUAUUAUAAACAAUUGAUAAGGCAUUAUAGCCUGACUCAGGGACUAAAGCCUAAAGGUAUAAAAAGUUUCACCAGAAAUAAGAAUACAGACGUUUUUGGAAAAUACUAAGGACACGGCAUUCAACUCCAUUAAAAACACAGGUCAGUUUUGUAGGGAAAUCAGAACUGAAGGAAAAGUUGUCAAUAUUCAUUGUAAGCAUUUAAAGUAGUUCACAGGAACAACUUCAUGUUAUGAAAAUUGAUCUCAAACUUAAUAUAAAUGUGUUUGAGCCUUAAUGUAGCUUAAGUUAUGUUAAAUAUUUUUUUAAAUGAGAAGUGCCUACAAGUUACCAUUUGAUUAACUUGAAACGUAAACAGGUUUUUGUUGUUGUUGUUGUUUUGUGUGGUGGUUUUUGUUUUGUUUUUUUUUUUUUAAUUGUAAAACUUCUCAGUGAAUUGUGCAUUGAAUUAAUUACAGGAAAUAAGGGUAUU